UUUCCAGCCAUUACUUUUAGAUUUUUCAAUAAUGCUGGUGUAAGCUGUAACUUAAUCUUGCAUACAAAAUUUAAUUUAAAAAAAAAUAUUAAAAAUGUGGUUUACAAUUUUAGCUGUAUUUGUUUGCGCGCUCGGAUAUGUGCCCGAAAUAACUGACUCAUUAAACAUCUUAAUAAUACCAGUGUCAGACACAAAGGCGUUAUUCUCAAAUCUCAAAUUGAAAUCAUCGAAAAGUCAAAAAAGGAACGAAUAUUCGAAACUGGACAUUGAAAGUUACGAAGUGCCCACAGACAUUCCCGAUGUGGACAACCUCGACUUACAAGAAGAUAGACAGAACAUAAAUAAUAGAGAUGUAGUAAGCUAUGGUAACAACGGCGACAGAUACGAGAGGAGGGAUGACGAUGAAUCUGAAAUUGGUGACGACGGGGACAGAAUUGUAGGUGGCUAUGAAGUUGACAUCAAUCUGUAUCCGUAUCAUGUUGCGUACGGGACAAAUUGUGGAGGUGCCAUCAUUGACAGGAAAUGGGUAAUCACCGCGGGACAUUGUGGCAAGAAACCGUACGUAAAGGUAGGAUCCAAAUACCUGAACCAGGGACGGAAGAUCAUGGUCAAGUCUCACCACGUCCACCCCAUGUGGGGCGCCGCGAAUAAGGAACACCCCUUCGACUACGACUUUCAAUUGCUGGAGUUAGAGGAGAAUCUCAAGCUCGACAACAAUGUCCAGCCGGUGAAGAUUGGACACAUCGAAGACAUGACUAUUGGGAAAGUGGUGACCGUUACAGGAUGGGGGAAUACAGAAGAGAAUGGACCGUACUCGAACGUGUUGAGAGCUGUUAGAGUGCCUAUAAUCUCUAAAGAAAAUUGCCAAAGAGUGCCUUUCCCAUAUUUCAGAGGAGAAUUGACUUCUAGAAUGUUUUGCGCCGGUUUCAAUGAGGGGAAGAAGGAUGCUUGCCAAGGUGACUCAGGGGGACCAGCUGUUGCCUUCGACCGCAUCCUGGGUAUGGUAUCCUUCGGGUACGGCUGCGCCACUCCAGGCUCCUACGGCGUCUACGCCAAGAUUGCUAAAGUCCGGCCCUGGAUCGAGGAAGUGACGAAACUGAAGUUGGUAUAAUUAUGCCAACUUCAGUGCCGAUUAUCGUUGAAAAAUUAUAUAUUUUUUAACGCAAUUGCCAAAAAAUUAUAAUAUUUUGAUGCAAUUGCCAAAACAUUAUAAUUUUGCAACGCGAUUGGCACAAUGUGAUAAGUGAUCUGGCGUCACUUGCCACUAGCAUUAACAACGUUAGUACUCGGUCCCAUUUCUGCGUCGUACUCCAUCUCGUCGCGCGGCCACACCAUGUUGCUCCUUUGUUUUACAUUAGACAUACGUGGAAACACCACACAAUUACUGCGUUGAUCUGCCAAUGACCACCAACGUAACGGAGGACGAUGGAACAAUGGGGCCGCUUUAUAUGUAUGUAUUUUUUCGCAUAGUGUGACACAUAAAAUAAACUUUAAUCGUAGUGGCAAGUUCCGUAACAGACCACGAGUUGCGUUGUUUAAAUAGGCAUCAAGCUGGGCGGAGUACGGGUUUGGUAGUUUUGCCAUUAUUUUUGAAUAAAAUUGAAUAGUUAAAA